AUGGGGGAGAUCACGAACGUGAUGGAGUACCAGGCCAUCGCGAAGCAGAAGCUUCCCAAGAUGGCCUACGACUACUACGCCUCCGGCGCCGAGGACGAGUGGACGCUCAAGGAGAACAGGGAGGCCUUCUCCAGGAUCCUGUUCCGGCCUCGCAUCCUGAUCGAUGUGUCCAAGAUUGACAUGACCACAAGUGUUCUGGGUUUCAAGAUCUCAAUGCCCAUUAUGGUUGCCCCCACUGCCUUUCAGAAGAUGGCUCACCCAGAUGGGGAGUAUGCAACUGCACGGGCAGCGUCAGCAGCGGGGACUAUCAUGACACUGUCGUCAUGGGCAACUUCAAGCGUGGAGGAGGUCGCCUCCACCGGACCGGGAAUCCGCUUCUUCCAGCUAUAUGUGCACAAGGACAGGAAGGUGGUGGAGCAGCUGGUGAGAAGGGCCGAGAGGGCUGGGUUCAAGGCGAUCGCGCUCACCGUGGACACCCCACGCCUGGGCCGCCGUGAAGCCGACAUCAAGAACAGGUUCGUUCUGCCGCCAUACCUGACGUUGAAGAACUUCGAGGGCCUGGACCUUGGCAAGAUGGACCAGGCCAAUGACUCCGGGCUGGCGUCCUACGUUGCUGGACAGAUCGACCGCACCCUCAGCUGGAAGGAUGUUAAGUGGCUGCAGAGCAUCACCUCGAUGCCGAUCCUGGUGAAGGGAGUCGUCACGGCGGAGGACGCGAGGCUGGCCGUCCAAUCCGGCGCGGCGGGCAUCAUCGUGUCCAACCACGGCGCGCGGCAGCUGGACUACGUGCCGGCCACCAUCAGCGCCCUCGAGGAGGUCGUGAAGGCCGCGCAGGGGCGCAUCCCGGUGUACCUGGACGGCGGCGUCCGCCGCGGCACCGACGUGUUCAAGGCGCUCGCCCUGGGGGCCGCCGGCAUCUUCGUCGGGAGGCCUGUGGUGUUCGCGCUGGCGGCGGAGGGCGAGGCGGGCGUCCGGAACGUGCUCCGGAUGCUCCGGGACGAGUUCGAGCUCACCAUGGCGCUCAGCGGCUGCACCACGCUGGCCGACAUCAACCGCAGCCGCAUCCUCACCGAGGGCGACCGCCUCCGCCCCACGCCCAGGUUGUGA